GAGACGUUCGUGCAAGAAGGCGCCGUCAUCUUUGAUCGGGUGGGCCCAGUAUCGAUCCUCGGCAGCGGUGGGAAGAAGGUAGCAGGUGGGCCGGGUGCCGCAGCCUCCGGUCGCAGCUCUGCCUCCCUGUCGUCCCGCCGCGGGCCCACCAUGCCGCAGUACCAGACCUGGGAGGAGUUCAGUCGCGCGGCCGAGAAACUCUACCUCGCUGACCCGAUGAAGGCACGUGUGGUUCUCAAAUAUAGGCAUUCCGAUGGGAGUUUGUGUAUGAAAGUAACAGACGAUUUAGUCUGUUUGGUGUACAGGACAGACCAAGCUCAAGAUGUGAAGAAGAUUGAGAAGUUCCACAGUCAACUGAUGCGACUCAUGGUAGCCAAGGAAUCCCGCAGUGUUGCCAUGGAAACGGACUGACUGGUUUGCAACACAGCCUGUUUACCACAUUUGUAGGAAGUAAAUCUCCUGAAUUGAGAAAGUGUUGUGGCAGAAAAUACUUUAUGUAAUAACUUAGUGGGCUAUUCAGAAGCUGAAAGGUCAUUUUUUUUUUUUACUUUGUCUUUUAAUGUUUACUUUAGCAAGCCAGGAAUAUAAAUGAUUUCAGUUAGAAAGCCUUUAUUUUUGGAAAUUGAACAAGAAAGUUGGCUCUCUUAGAAGCUUUCUGCAGAUUCUUUGAUGCUGGGCAAAAUAUUAUUUCUUUUAGUAAGUUUGUAUCAAUCAUUUGAAAAUGAUAUCAAGAAAAGCCUAUUUAUUUUCUCCAUCUUUAAAAGAAAUUAAAUGUAACCAUUUUGUUGGAUUGAUCGGUUCCUUUUGGGGCACAAAAUGUGUGCGGUCAGUGACCAGCAAAUCCCAAGUGCGGUGACCAGAGUUAACCUCACCCUGCAGGACCUGCCGUGUCCGUGUCCGGCAGUGUGGUCUCAGCUGUGUCUGAGAGUAACUAUGGAACUGUGCUUUACCUUGGACUUGCCACAUUUCAACUGUAUUUUGAAUAUAAGGACUUCAUAGUAGCAUUAGCUCGUUGAGCAGACUUUGCGUCUAGCUUUCAGAGCUCAAAACACAUGAACACAGCGAUCACUGACCGGCCGAUGUCACUGUGUUCUGGAACGUUGGUCACCGGCUCCCCAAGCAGCCUGUCGGAGGGGCCAUGGACUGCGCGUACUGUUAACCCUUUGCAGCCCAUUCAGCCCCCGCCCACUCUCUCUGCCUAACCAGGGUGUCGAGCACAGCUGCACAGCUGUUGUGUUAUCCGUGAAACCGCGAGUAUAUUGCUUGAUAUUUAUCUUAUGUCUGUAACCUGAAUUCCACCACCUAAGUGUAACGUUCACACGUUGAUUCCUGCAUUAAAAUAUUCUUGUUAGGAAGUUGUCCUGUUGAGCAACAUUUUAAUAUGGAAAGUUCCACUAGCCAUAUGAAUUCUGACGUUUCGGAGAGGCCAGGAAAUAAAAUAUUAGGUGAACAGAGACGGUGUCUCUUGAAAUUUUUCACUUCGCAAGAAUUACUGGUGUCUUGCCGGGGAUACACUGUAUUCUCAGACUGUGAAGUGAGCCUCGUGAUACCACUCAGUAAAUUUCGUUGUGUUUCUCGGUUAAGGAACGUAGUCAGGUAGCCUGGGAGUCUUCUGAGUUUGUGGGUCCCCCUCCCUCACAAUUAGUGGGAUCACUAGUUUUUCUUUGGCCUUGUUCUUUCUCAUUGACAUCCUCCCCUUUUUUAACACGACUUGAUGAAGGCAGCCAGGAAGGGCGGGACUGGCAUCUGGGUCCUCUGGGCCCUGCAUCACCGAGAGCGGAGGUUCGGAGGCAGACCGCCCGGGACACGAUUCUGGCUCCACUGCCUUCUGCCUCCGCGGUCCUAGACGAGAGGCCUCUGUGAGCCUCGCUUCCGCCUGGAAGUCGGGGUAACCGCAGCACCCAUCAGAGAUCCUGAGGGUCAGACGGCACAACCCGUGUAAAGCCUUUAGCACGGUGCCUAGAACGUAGUAAGUGCAAUAGAUGGUAGCUGCUACUGCUACUACCGUUGUCGCGAUUAUUGUUUCUCAGGGGAAAAGGUGUGAAAAGCUAGCUCUUCUGUUUUCUCGUCAUUUUAAUUGAACCAUUAUUUAUGGGUAAUAUCUGCCUUUUCUGCCAAGCUAUGUCUGUUAUUAAAUGGCAUGUUUUGCCGUUGGGAAUACAAGAUUGCCCUCAGAGUGUUCUUGUGGGGGGAGGGAGGGGAAGCAGACUGAAAUCCUUAAAUCUAAAACUUGUGUUUAUUUGUGUCUGUGAAAAAUAAAAUUAUUGAGAGAACUAGUUGGUGGUAAGUGGUAAAAGUAUUGAAUCUCUGAAGACCGUAUAAAUAAUAAGACACCAAACCGUA